CAGUAAAGUGGAGCAGCAGAAGAUCCAGCUCUGAUCAGCAGCUCCACACCUCUGUACUCAGACUGCUCUGCUGGAGGAACACCAUCAGCUCACCUGCUGCAGAAGUGAAUCCUAUGCUGUUCUCAGUCUUAUCCUGAUCCCAGCGUCAACAUUCCGAAUUGGACAAAGUUUAACUGCACAAAUAGAGUCAGAAGAUUUCACCAAAGAUUUUAAGAUGCUGAAUGAAGAGGAGAACAUGGCAUCCAGUGAAAUCUCCAAUACUCAACAAACGUCCUCUCCUACACCUCACACACAAAUGCAGAAAAGUACAGACAAGAAGAAAACGCACCAUUGCUCAGACUGUGGAAAGAGCUUUACUCAAAAGACUAAUCUCCAACAACACCAGCGCAUUCACACAGGAGAGAAACCAUUUCUCUGUUCUGACUGUGGGAAACGUUUUACUACACAGAGUAAUUUCCAACAACACCGCCGCCUUCACACUGGAGAGAAACCGUACACGUGUUCAGACUGUGGAAAGAGUUUUUAUAAUCAGAGUAGUCUCCAGCGACACCAGCGCAUUCACACUGGAGAGAGACCAUAUCACUGCUCAGACUGUGGGAAGAGCUUUACUACAAAGAUUCAUCUCCAACAACACCAGCGCAUUCACACAGGAGAGAAACCAUAUCACUGUUUAGACUGUGAAAAGAGUUUUAAUAAUCACAGUCAUCUCCAGCGUCACCAGCGCAUUCACACAGGAGAGAAACCGUAUCAGUGCUCAGAAUGUGGGAUGAGUUUUAAAAUUCAGACUCACCUAAGAGAACACCAGCGCAUUCACACUGGAGAGAAACCGUAUUACUGUUCAGAAUGUGGAAAAAGUUUUAUUCAACAGAAUAUCCUUAUAAGACACCAGCGCAUUCACACAGAAGAGAAACCUUAUCACUGCUCACAGUGUGGGAAGUGUUUUAAUCAAAAGACUCAUCUCAAUCAACACCAGCGCAUUCACACUGGAGAUAAACCGUAUCCCUGCACAAUCUGUGGGAAGAGUUUUAAUAGUCAGAGUUAUCUUCAAUCCCACCAGCUUAUUCACACAGGAGAGAAACCGUAUCACUGCUCAGUUUGUGGGAAGAGUUUUAGUCACCAGAAUACUCUCCAGCGACACCAGCGCAUUCACACUGGGGAGAAACCAUAUCACUGCUCAGAGUGUGGGAUAAGUUUUAGAAAUCAGAGUCAUCUCAAAGGACACCAGCGCAUUCACACUGGAGAGAAACCAUAUUAUUGUUCAGACUGUGGGAAAAGUUUUACUCAACAAAGUAUCCUUACACAGCACCAGCGCAUUCACACUGGAGAGAAACCGUAUCACUGCUCAUACUGUGGGAAGAGUUUUAAUCGUCAGAGUCAUCUUCAAAUACACCAGCGCAUUCACACAGGAGAGAAACCGCAUCACUGCGCAGAAUGUGGGAAAUGUUUUACUCAACAGAGUAUCCUUACACAACACCAGCGCAUUCACACUGGAGAGAAACCGUUUCACUGCUCAGGCUGUGCAGUGAGCUUUAGGUGUUUACGAACCCUCAAGAAACACAAGUGCAUGCAGAGCAGUCUUGAAAAUGGGCAGUGAAACACUACAAUCAUUACAGAUCCCAACCUUGUGCUAUAUCUAGCGUUCAGCCCAUGCACUGAAUAUAUAUCCUAUCAAACCAGAUCCUAUGGCGUCACAUUAAUGUCAAAAGUCGAGGGCGCAAAAAUACAAGGUGAAAAAAAUUGACCAGCGUGUGUUAACAUUUUGCGUGUGUAAAUGAACUUCUCCUGAGCACAAACGUGAAACUAGCAAAUAAAAAAAGAGAAUCGUGUGCACAGUGAAGAAAAUGUUGCCCUCGAGCUUCAUUUUUCUCCUCUCGGGUGCUUUUUUUUUCAUGCGCUGUGUGAAUUACCUGCAGCAGCAGUUUGUGCUCGACUGAGUGUUUUGUGCUCGAGUUUUGAAAGGGGUGUGUUUGACUGUUUGGGGGCGGGCAGUGAGCUCCCAGCUAGCUCUACACAUCCUGGCUACCCUGAAGCACCUGACUUAAGACCAGAAAUCAUCCAGGAAGUAAAUAUUUUACUUGUGUAUCUUUGCCUGUGGACCAGUUAAGUGUUUUAUGAUCUAUCUCUGCUAAAUAGCUUAAACAGUGCAUCAGCCACUAGUAGUGCUGGGCGAAAUACCGGUUUCUCUGGUAUACCAAAGGAGAAAAAUAUAAUCUGUAUGUAUUUUUCACAUUCUGCCAUACCACUAGAGGCACUGCGGAGCACCACCAAAGAAGCACACUGGCAGAGCUUGCUAGCUAACACUAGCCAGUUAGCAUAACAAGCUAAUACACUGAAAGCUACGCUCUGUGGUGUCAAACACUCAUUUUGCUCUUUCCUGCCUGGAGAGAAGUGAGAACAGCAUUUUUUCUGAGGAGCUAUUGCUGUUCUUUCUCACUUUGUGCGUUCUUAUUUUUCUUCUAAUCGAAAAACAACAGCAAAUGGUAAUUAUUUACCCAAAAUUUAAUGUAUUUGUUGGCUGGAGAAAAUAGGGAAUUCUGGCUGAUACUGUAAUAUUGUAAAAUUGUCAGAAUUUUGAAAAAUACAGUGAAAUACAUUUUUGGUCAUAUCGCCCAGCACUAGCCACAAGCUAAGAGUAUAAAGUGCUACUGGAAUUUGAGUCUUACAGCCUAUCUCUGCCAAAGUAAGACACAGCACAUGUAAAGUUUCACCCAUAGUUACAGAUAAAUCACUCAAAGGAAUUAACCAGAGAUCAUAAAUAAAAACUGGAUGACUGGAUGAAGAUAAAAAUACUGAGACGAACACAAAAUACUACAGGACAAAUCUCCUCCAUAUUCUUUCAGACACUGCAAGGUUUGUUUUGUUUUUGUGAGCGGCUAAAUGUGAGCGUGUGAGUUAACUUUACCAACUCAGAAAUCUACUGAGGAGUGGUUUAAUGUUUUGUAUAUUAUCUCCAGACGGCAGAUAAUAAAGCCACAGGGAGGGAAAGCUGUGAGAUUAAACCCUUCUCCCUUUAUCUGCAUCUGAUCUAAUCUGAACUGAAGAGUGAACUUUUCAGACUUUUACAUCUCAUUCAUUUGUGUGAAAAAUCUUUGGAGGUUUUUCCCCCUCUCUUCUCUUUCUCUGGCUGCAUGGGGAUCUGAACUGUUUUUUCCUUUCUCUCCCUGCGUGGGAGGACCACCAGAACCAAACAUGACUUAAUUUUCUCAGCUACAGAACUCAGCUCUUUACUUACUGCUAGGCUAGGCUGGGCGAUAUGGAAAAAAAUCUUAUCACGGAAUAGUUUUCCAUAUCAGCCGAUAUCGAUAUAUAUCACAAUAUAAAUCAAAUCACUUUCUGUUACAUUUAAAGGUUACUUUUUACUCAUAAGGGACAGAAUAAGGGAGUUAUGGCCAAAGUCACUAGCAGGCUCAGAGCCUUGUGGACAGACACUAGGAUGUCCACAUCUUGCCAGGUGGGUACAAGGAGCUCAGACAGCUUUUAAAUGAAUUUUAAAAAGUCAUUAUACAUCCACACAGGUCCGCAGGCAACUACAUAAAGCAAAAUACAAUACUAUAUCACAGUGUUCAUUUUGACAGGUGAUUUUGAUUCAGUUUAGUCUUAGUCUUUUAUCUAAAAUGUAUAAUAGUUUUAGUUACAUUUUAGUCUAUCGGAUAUUAUUACUUUUAUUCACAUUUUGGUCUAGUUUUAGUCUAAUACAUUUUGGUCAUAUAAAAAGUAUGUAUUACAUAUGUUUUACUGUUUUUCUAUUUUCUAUUUUUUGUUAUUUUGAGAUUAUUUACUGCUAAUGUUUAUUAAAAUAAUAGCCUUUAAGUUUUGUUGCAUUUAAAUUAUGCUAACAUUUAAAUAUUUUAAAGCAAGUGACCUGUAAUGGAGGUGGGAGGAAUAAAGUCAAGUUUCUGAAAUGAUUCGCUUCUACUGCAGUACAGAUUUAUACUAACAUUACUGGCUUUCAGUAGACUAGACUUACAUUACUUAGUGUAAGUGUAUUUAAAACUCAUCCAGUUCAGUAGCAGCAAUGUUUAGCUCGUUUAAAUACAGCUACACAGAUUAUAUAAUUUUCUGUAUUUAGUAAAAUAUCCAGAACAACAAACACUUUAUCUGUAAAAAACUAAAAACACAGAGACUGAGGCAGUUCAGCCCGCUGCCUGAUCACGUGCUGCGCCUGUUCGCAGCGCUACUUAAAUGGAAAAUAGAAAAUAAAGUUUAUUGAAUCCUAUCGUCCAGCUUAUUACAGCUAUCGCGAUAUAUAUUUUCCUCGAUAACUAUUGUUAUCGUUUUAUCGCCCAGCACUAGUUACUGCUAAGCUUUUUACAUGAACAGAACUCAUUUUACACACUUUAACUCCACUAAUGAAAGUGAAUAAAAAAAAUAUUGUAAUUUUUCUAAUGUUUUAUUGCAGCAAUUUUGUUAUAUUAAUACUUUAAUGCAUACAAUAAUUUUACUGAUUGAUGGUUUAAAUUAAAGCAUACCAUCUUUUGAUUUUAUAUGUGAUGCAUAUUUGAGUUCCUGUGUUUUCAUGAGUUUGGGCAAUGUGUGUAAUUCUGAUUAUAUUAUUUUGCCUGUCUAUGUAGUAUGUUUAGUCUCACUGACGCGCAGACUGACUAACCUGACUCAGAACCUGCUUUUGGACAGAGGUGAUGCAGCACUCAGCCAGAGGUUUAACAGACCAAGUGCAGCUACUUUAAUCUGAGGUGAGACUUUUCCAAUAACAUUUGGAUAACGUUUGGACAUUCUAAAUGUACAGGUGACGUUUUUUAAUUACCUUUUGACCAUUACUUCAGCUCUCGACAGCACCAGUAACAAGAUUCUUACAUGACACUUCCCACAACACACACCUUAGGACGAAGCUCCAUUGACUGACCUUGAUGCCAUUCCUGUAUAUUUAAUAGUUUUCUAUGGAUUCUGCUUCCAUUUGUUGUGUAUGUUUUGGUUUGCAUAGGGCUUAGUGGUAAUAGCCUGUUUCAUAGUUUGUUGUUCAUUAAUGUGUUAAAGUUCAAAUGCUUGUUGUAUUUCUUGUCGUUUUAUCCAACUUCAUAUAAACAAUUAAAAGAGAUGCUGGA